AUGGCACACACCCAGCUUUCGCCAAACAAUAGGGCUUCGUCGUCACAAGCACCUGGUGGCCCAUAUGAAGGACCAAUGCCGGCGGAAUACCAAGAUACAACCCAUCACCCUACGGAUGUCAUUGCCCUUGAUCAGAUGGCCAUGCCAAGUGUCGUUCCUGUGUUCGGUGAUGAUGGUGGCAUGAACAAAUCACCAUACGUGGGCAUGCCUGAAGACUUCAUGGCGUAUUUAUUCAAUUCACUUCCUUCUCAAGACUCACCUCCAGGAUAUGGACUUCAUGGGGUGGCUUCCAAUUAUGGGGAAUUGCAGGACACGCAUUAUUCAACACCAUUCCUAGUCAAUGGUAUGACGCAGACUGGCCACUUUCCUACCGCAUCUCAGCAUAUCAUGUCUGUGACCAACUUACUUGACGAAAAUUCGCCUGAAACGAACAUAUCAGAUGAGAGAAGCCAAGAAAUCUUUGAUUUCAUCUUUGACCGGUUUCAUGAACAAGAUGUUGCCCCGCCUGAACGAAGCCGAGACAGCAUUGUAAGCGGCAACCGAGAGCACGACAACCAUAUGCUGAGUCGUAGAAUGAUGCAAGCAUACCUUGGUUCCUAUUGGUAUCACUUCAGCGAUCAGCUUCCGAUUUUGCAUCGACCAACUUUCGACUCUGGCAGGACACCAAAUCUACUGCUACUAGCAAUGAUGACUAUCGGAGCUGCUUGUCUAGAUCGAACAUAUGGGCAACAGGUCCUAACAGCAGGUGCCAAACUUUCAAAUUUCAUUGCCCGGCAUCUGAGAUGGGAAAUCUUUAUGGAUACAAACUUCCGGCCCCCCGCAAAGCUGUGGGUUUUCCAAACGCUGAUUCUGUUGGAGUUAUAUGAAAAGAUGUUUUCAACAAGAGAACUGCAUGAACGUGCUCAUAUUCAUCAUGCAACCAUGAUUACACUCAUGCGUCGAGGUCGGUCACUUAUUGGGAAAUCGUCCAUGGAUUCACCUCCCAAUCAAAGGGAAACACCGAAUGGCUCCAAAACGGCGCCCGGCAUCGGCCAAACGCCGGAAGAAUGGUGGAAUCAUUGGGUUACCAACGAGGCUACCAAACGGGCAGCAUUCGCUGCUUUUAUCAUCGAUUCUACCCAUUCCACCAUGUUUGGGCACUCGGCAGUGAUGGUUACUCAUGAAAUGAGGCUGCCAUUGCCCUGUGACGAAUCUUUAUGGCGAGCGAGAAGCAGUGCUGAGGUAGGAAGGGCCGAGGCCAGUCUCAAUGCUAGAGGCAUUCGCCCAAUCUCUUUUCUUGAAGGACUCAAGUGUACAUUGAGCCAUCAGGACGUCAAGACAACGUCUUUCGGAAGGACUGCUCUCAUGGCCGGCCUGAUGAGCGUGACAUAUCAUAUGCAGCAACGAGAUCUUCAGGUCAACGUCCUCGGUGGGGGAGUGAUCCAAGCCUUGGGUGGUCGAGACAAGUGGCGCGCGGCAUUGACAAGGGCGUACGACUGGUGGAAGAGCGAUUUCGACAGAGGACUUGAGGAUAAUGAGCCGUCUAAUGAUCCUUACGGCCAAGGAAGCACCAGAAAUGAAGCGCACAUUGUGUUUGGCAGCCGGACGGUUUUGCACAAUCUGGCUCACAUGGCGAUGCAUGCGGAUAUCGUUGACUGCCAAAUGUUUGCCCGUGCGAAACGACUCCUUGGAAGAACUAUUGGCGCUCAAGAAUUUAGCAGUGCUCAGAAGCGUGUCAAGGAACAAUGGGCACCGUCGGCGAGAGCACGAGACGCCACGUUUUAUGCAUUAAAACUUUUGAGCUCUGUCCUGCUGCCAGAUGCAGCAGUCUCUACGAAUACAGCCAGUCCCUGGCCCAAAGGCGUUUAUGAGACUCGCUACGAUGUUCUAAUGAACCGGCCUUGGGUUCUCUACUUUGCUGCCUUGAUAGUUUGGUGUUACGGGUACGCACUGGAAGGACCCUGUGGCGAUGUGACGAGAAAUAAUACUGCAGACGAGAGUCAGCAGCAAAUGAAGCACUAUCUGCUAAGAUAUGCGAGCGUUGCGGAUCCGGAUGAGCUACGGACCAUGCGAGGCAUCAACAAUAAUACGGCGCUGUUGACGGUGUUGCGGGACUCGUUCGGGAAUACAAGGUGGGAUCUACUGCAUGAAGGCGCUCAUUUAAUGAGAAACUGUAUAAUUUUGAACAGUGGUGGCACUGUGUGA